CAUUUCAGAUGUAUUCUGAUUGGCAUACAAUUCCACCAGUAGCAUUCACGCAUUUCCCUUCGAAUCAAUAUUCAUUAAUCAUUCGGUUAAUGACUUAGUCUUUCAUUCAUUUACACUGGCUAAGCUUUCUUAACAUCAGUGCUGGACCGAUCCGUCAGAACUACCUAAAGUUAGCUCACAGCCAGCUUGCUUGUCCAGGAUUUUGGCCCCGAUUUCCGUCCCCAAAUGUAGUUACGUUUGGCCGUAAUUUGGGAAGCAAGUUUCGAGUCUGAGCUUUGUCGGUAGAUGGCGGAAGGAGAUCGAAUCAGACGGUUUAAAUGCUUACUGACGCGUUUUUGCAAGCUCCCAUAGACCAAUGCCUGUCAAAUCCUCGGUAGUCCUCAUUAUCGUCGUAGGCGUGUCUACUGCCCUCGCCAGCGCCUUCUUCAUCGUCUUCUGCAAAUGUAUCUGGGUCUGGUGGAAAUACAAGCGAAGUAGGCAGCCAGUUGCUAAGGACUAUGAGACCUAUGCCAUCACACAUCACACCAAAUGGCCAGCGGAGUAUACCUAUCAAACCUACGAGAAUGUUCCAUCGGAUGCAGAUAGUGUUGAAAGUGAAGACCCCUAUAUCAUUGAGACCCCGGGGGAUUAUGGGAAGCUGUUGUUGCAGUUGGACUAUAGUACGGAGGACGAUGUACUGAUUGUGGGGGUGGUACAGGGGAAAGGAGUUAUCUGUAAGACAAGUGUCCAAACCGCUCAGAUUUAUCCAGUUGUUCAGAUCUAUGACGAAAAUGACCGUAUGUUGGAUGAGCGUAAAAUCGAAAUACAGCCGAUGACCUUUGAACCCCAAUGGAAUGAAGAGGUACUAUUCGCGCUGAGCGGUCGACCUGUGACGUCACUAAACGUGCAGGUGCGCCUAUACGAGCUGGACUCGUUUUCGAAUCAGCACGUGAUUGGCUGCAUCAAGCUCCCGUUGGCCGAGCAGAGUUUUGAGGAGUCUAGGGCGGACUGGUAUGACCUGGAAGAUGAGCAUAAGAUCGAGUGUGAUUAUGUCGGCGAAGUAUUACUAUCGCUGAAUUAUUUCCCGACAACACAACGACUAACAAUCGUUGUACUUAAAGCGAGGAAUCUCAAGAUCGACAAUGUGUCCGGUCUCUGGGGUCCACUAGUCAAAGUCUUUUUCCACGUCAACAAGCGGCGGGUUGGCCGUAAGCGGACCGCUAUGCAGAAGAAGACGUUUAACCCGGUCUACAACGAAGCCUUCGCGUUCAAAGUGUCCCAAGAAGCAAUGCCCAAGAUCACCUUCCGUAUCCUGGUGGUCAGCAAGACGUCCCACGGACAAGACGAAGUCCUAGGUCACGUGACUCUAGGCCAAAAUGUGAUUGGCUCUGGCUUUUCUCACUGGAGUCACAUGUUAGCCACGUUGCGGAAACCUGUUGCCAUGUGGCAUCCCAUAAUUCCUUUCACCUGAAUAUUUUUCUAUUUUUCCUUUUUUAAGCAUUUACAAAUGAGGGCCUAUUUACAUACAUACAUCAUUGCUCCUUUUAAGUGAUAGCUAUGUUUCUUUUGUGUAGAAAAUGUCUAAAGCGCAAGAGAACAGCGUUCUUCUUACUUUUUUAUGGGGUUCCUAACUAAAACGUGCUGGUUAUGUAGAAUGGCUACCCAAAUAAAUACUUAAUAUUAAUUAGUACCAAUCUUUAUUUGCGCCACCAUAUUGUGUAAACAUGCCCUCAUCCAACCUUUUUUUAUAUUUCUAUUUCAUCUUGAUUUAUUUUGUAAAAAGAUAUUUUAUCAUACGGGCAUGCCCCGGAUCUCACACCCGUUAUAUUCCACGGCCCAAGCAUAUCAAAAUCCUCAUUGCCAAAUGACUUCAAUUUAUCUUCGAAGCGCUGUAAAGGAAUUUGAGUGGUUUCCGUUUGUCAUGAAAAGGGUAAUUGUUAUCAUAACCAUUGUAAAUUGAACGGUGAAGGGAAGGGAAUUAUGACUACCCAGGGGCGUAGCCAUGGGGGUGGCCUAGGCCCCCCUUUUAGCAGCCAAAAAUAUAGUAAAUGUAUGGGACAUUAUUUAAAAUACAGGAGAAAAUGCCUUGAAAGCCCCUUUUGGGUCCCUCAUGUUAAAAAUCCUGGCUACGCCACUGCUACAUGUUAUAGUCAUUAUUUCAAAGAUAUUCUAGAAUAAGGUUAUAAAUUAAGUUAAUGUAAAUAUUUGUGUUCUUGCGCUAGCAAUGUGAUAGUCAUAACAAUUUUAUUUCCAAUAAUGGAAUGAGAUGGAGUGGAUUGCUUAUCGAUUUCGCUAAAGAGUCGCACAUUCUUGUUUCAUUUCACCUACAAGGCAAUACGGGCAAGAUUUUUUCAAAUCCCGAAUAAAAAUCAAAGUAAGAAAUAUAUAUAUAUAUAAAAGAAUACUUUGUUUGGGAAUAAAUUUUACGGCCAACCAAUAGGAUGUCAAAUAAUUUGAAGGGUCUGAAUCUGAAUAAAUGACGGGGUCCCUGUGGAAGCACGUUUCGCGCGCGAACUGGUUUCGCCUCGCAAUCUUCUGAUCUUGGUUUUGUAAAUAGGGACGAUGCAAAAGUAUUAUAUAUUUAUAUUAUCCUCAUUUACCGAUUAUAUGCAAUAUGAAAGUGAGGUUAAACUGUAAGCAAUGCACUUAAAAAUGUAUUAUGCCAGUGGAAAAAUAAAUUAAUGCAGCCAA